UGCACGUUUGCUCCAUGUGGGCCUAGCCCGCACGCUAGCCCUCGGGGCGUCUGAGACGAGGGCGUCGAUACCAACAAUCACACCUACUACUGUGCUCUCGGGCAGCCAUGUUUCUCCUGUCGGUGAGGGGCGGGCGUGCCAGUCGGUACAGUGAAACAACACAUACAAGACAAGGACCCCCCCAACAGCAACUGCCAUUAGAGCUCGACGGCCUUUAAGCGACUGUGCGGCUGCUGGAGCCAGCUGCUGGAACCAGGCGACGACGCCAACGAAUAUCAUUCCCGAGCAUCGCCGCAGUGUUGUUAGUCCUGGUCUGGCACUUCUGGCUGGCAUCCGGCACACCUCAUUCCAUCCUGGGCACAACAGACGAGCUGUGCAGAAGAGCCCGCUCUUUCCGUGGCCUCCCAUUCGCAGCCACCGUCGCACAGCUCCAUCCCGCGACCACCAUGGCCGCGUGCUGCCCACCAGGUCACUAAUAUACCGCGAUUCAGUCAAGUCGGGCUGCUGUCUCCCUUGUCUCUGCUGCCCCCGCAGCCCCCACCGAGCCCGCCAUGGAAACAGAGGGCACGAGGAAGCUCGCAGGACCGGGACGGCGAGAAAGCGCCGCUGACGGGCGUGUCCAACUCGACCAUAAGGAUGCAGCCCAGGCAGCCCUCGUCCGCUCCUCGUCGCGCCACCACGACACCACCACCGCCCUUGGUUGCCGCAUAAAGGCCCGUCUGUCCUGGCAUCGGCAAUCUCUGCCGCCCUCUUUUUUCCAGUCGGCCGACCUGUCGCUCGACCCAAGCGCCCAUCUGAUAGAAAAGUCAACACUAGCAGCAGCAGCAGCAGCAGGGCAGCACUACCAAGACCACCAAGAACACCAAGACCUAUACCACCACCAACGCCCCCAGAGACAACGAGCACCCUCGCCGUCGCGUCGGCGGAGCCUCCUGUUUGGACACAGCAAACGGUCGUGGCAAGAACCCGAGGCAGCGGGAUCGCUUGCGUCGGCGCAGCUGCAGCCGUUGAUUACGAGCCACACAGGUCGCCAACCCCAGCCGGCCGGCGUCACACUGGCGGACCCAGCGACCCAGUCCGGGUCUGGGGGGGCAGGGGGUCAGGCGCACCCCGCACAUACUGCCGGCAAUACGACGGCUCAUGCUGCCAAUAUUCCAACGGCUGUCUGUCACACCACUGCUCCUUCUGGAGCUGCUGCUGCGGGCCCGCCGCCUGGUAUAUUUGGCCGUCUGCUCCGACGCGCCAGCUCGCUCAGGCGUCCGAGGACGCCCAAGCCAGCCAAGGAGCCCUCCUCGGGCUACGACGUCGCCGUCGCCGACCAGCAGAGAUCACCUGCCCAGCAAGCGCCGGACGACAGCCGCGCCGAGCCGACGUCCGCUCGUGUUUCGGUCCAAGAGCAGCGCACAAGCGCGCCCGCCCAAUCCCCGCCGUCGCCAAACCGUCCCCAGACGGCGUUUGCGGCUGACACCCUGCAGGCUGCAGCCGUCGCAAUGCCACCCGCACCCCUAACAAGGAAGCCGAGCUUGAUGGAUCGGCUGCGACUACGAUCCUCGAGCACACUCUCGCCGCGGGAGCAGCAGCAGCAGCAGCAGCAGCAAAAGCAGCAGCAGCAGCAGCAGCAACAACAGCAGCCGCCACAACAGCCAGUCAAAAAGGCGGCAUACGUCCCAACGCAUGCCGCAUCGGAUUUCUCACGCCUCGACCCCCGCGUUCGCGAGGGCUACCAGUUCUACUCGCGCAGCAGCGCCCGACACAACAGGACGCUCGACGAUUCUGCGGCGCAUGAUCAGCUGACUUCUCAGCUCCGGAGGCUUGCCUCUUUCUCCUCCGACAUCGCCGAAGAAGAGCCUAGUGGCGACCAUUCGCACGCCGCUGCGUCGCUGCCGCCAAGCGCAGAUGCAACACAGCCAAGCCAGCACCGCCAGAGGCAGGGGAAGCCACUCGCCCUGAGGGUCGAUUCGCACGAAAAGCAAGGUUCUUCCCCUCGAGACUCCAAGGGCCCCUUUCCCACUAGUCCCGUCCUGGAAUCGAACCCGGAUGAGAAAUUGUCUUUCGCAGCCCGCGCUGGCGUCGUUGACGCCCACGCAGGAGGCAGCCAUGUCAUCGACUCCUCGGCGACACCGACAGCGAAACCAGAAGGAGGCAUCACAGGGGUGACGCAAGAUCAACCCCAGCGCACUGCGGACCAAACUGGCGAGCAGCAAGCUCCGCAACUCACAGACUACGAGCUCUUCGUCCGCCGCGCCGCCGAGAGGGAGGAGCAGGCGCUCCGGCGACGACAGUUGGCGGCGGCACAGGGCCUGGCCGGCCGCGUCCCCGCCCCGCAGCUGCCGCCGCCGAACCCCUUCUACUGGCAGAUGGCCGCCCCGCCGCCGCCGCCGCCAAGGCUCGGCGGCAUCGAAGAGGACCAGGGCGCCCAAUCCAACUCCAGCGCGGGCGGCACAACUACCGUGAACCCCCCGCGCAGCAGCCGCAGCAGGUCCAAGCGCGACAGCGGCCACUCAUACACGCUUGGCGCCGGCGGGUCGGCGUUCCAGCAGCAGCAGCAGCAGCAGCAGCAGCAGUCCUGGCAGCGCCACGCCAAGCGUCCGAGUUGGACGUCUUCGGCGGGCAGGGGCGCGAGCAUUGAGGAGGAGGAGGGGCUGGUCGGGGCCCGCGGGGUCAUGGCGACGCCGGCCCUGCGUCGCAAGCCGAGCAUCACGCAGCGCAUCGCCGAGUACGUGCGGCCGGCGCGCGAACCGGGCGCGCGGGACGAGGCGGCGCGGCGCCCGUCGAGCAGGACGCAGGCGAGACAGCAGUCUUGAUUGCGUGGGCGGUGGGCUGUUUUCAGGGCAUUUCCAGGGGUGAAACAUGCAUGGCUCGUUCGGAUUUAUACCAUGAUAGACGGCGGUUCGGUGGAGCGGGCGUCCAGGCAAGAUUUGACGAUGGAACGAGUACCGUGAUAUGGGAACAUGACAAGAGGCAUGACAUGCCGGUGGUUUGGGAAUCUCCGUCCAGCGGGUCGAGUCGGACAGCAAACCCCCUCCCUUUUGUUUCAAAGAACGAUAAAGCACAGCUAAUAACCCCUCCAUGGCUCCGAGACAUGCGUGCUUCAUGUUUCUACAAGAUGAAUCUAAUUCUAGCGAAUUCGUCAUUAAAACAAAACAAACACCCGUCUCUUAUAAACAUGACAAGAUUGUGGUGGGAUCCUAUUCUCCGCUCCCCUCGAUACCACCCCUGGGCCAGAUUAGCAAGGAGCAAUGUAAUCGCAUCGCUCGUCACUAGGGACAAAAGAAGUGUGAGGUCAGUAAAUCUUAUCAAAACAACCAUCGGCAAUGCAGGGGAACAACAGAACAUGGAGAGGUAGAACGAAACAUAAG